AACAUGAGGAGAGAAAACGUGACAUCCAUGGUAGAAUUUACCCUCCUUGGACUCUUCCCAGGAACAAGGCACAUUGGCUUCCUCAUCUGCACGAUUUUCCUCGUCUAUGUAGUUGCCAUCACAGGAAACACCACCCUGGUCCUCCUCCUCUCUCUGGAUCCCCGUCUCCACAGCCCCAUGUACUUCCUGCUCAGCCAGCUCUCCUUCAUGGACAUCUCCCUCAUCUCCACCACUGUCCCCAAGAUGCUCACCAACUAUUUCUUAGGGACAUCAGGAAUUUCCUACAGUAGCUGUGUGACUCAGGUCUAUUUCUACUCUGCCUUGGGAAGCAGCGAAUGCAUUCUGCUCACUCUGAUGGCCUAUGACCGAUACAUAGCUAUUUGUAAUCCCUUGAGAUAUAUGGUUAUUAUGAAUCCUAAAGUUUGUCUGCAAGUAGCUAUUGUGUCCUGGGUUGGAGGAGCAAUUAAUUCUGCAGGUCAUACCACAUACACCAUGCACUUUCCCAGAUGUGGCUCAAGAGAAAUCCAACAUUUCUUCUGUGAGCUCCCAGCAGUCCUCAAGCUUUCAUGUGAGGACACCUCACCUUAUGAGAGGGCAGUGCUAGUUUUGGGAAUUUUAUUUCUCCUCAUCCCCUUUGGUCUUAUCCUCACCUCCUAUACACUCAUCAUUCUUAGUGUUCUCCAUGUAAAUUCUUCCAAGGGGAAGAGAAAAGCCCUUACUACCUGCUCUUCCCAUCUGGUGGUGGUGCUUCUGUACUUUUGUCCAACUGUGUUCAUCUACAUGAUUCCCAGUUCCCUGCACACCUCAGAGCAGGACCAAAUUCUUUCAAUCUUCUAUACCAUCCUCACCCCGAUGUUGAACCCCCUCAUAUACAGCCUAAGGAACAAGGAUGUAGGAGAGGCUUUGAGGAGAGUUCUGUUCAAAAGCCUCAUCACUAGAUAG